AUGUCUCAUCCAACUCUUCAAAAUAUCAAGCAAAUUGCACUACAAAAUCUGAAUUUGACCUCAGAAGCAUCUGGCGCCAGUGCUGCUGGAGCAAAUGUUGCAAGAGAUGUCAACAAAUCUGUCAAUUCAGUGGAAUCUGAAGAUCAGCUCAUGGAGAUCCAGCAGCAUGAGCUUUUGAAUAGUGAUUCCAAUAACAAUGAUGAAAUUGAUCUUAUUUCUACAUUAGAUGCUGAUGAUAAAGAGAAUCUGCUUGACAAUGAGUUUCAGCUGCAGAAUAUCAUCAAAGAAGUGAUUGUGGAUAUCAAACAGUCUACAAUCAAGAAGCUACUAGAGCCAGAGCCAGAGCCAGAAUCCAAUACUAAUGUUCCAGUAAAUCUACUGGAGUUAUCAACAUUAGAAGAUGAAUUUUUGGAAGCAUUACUCAACAUAAGAGCCAAAAAGUAUGAACAAAUGAAAUCCUUUGCAAUGGUCUUUGCUUUAUGA